UCCAAGCCUAAUCGAAGAGAAACAGAAGCGCUCACUCAUUUCACUGCUUAAUUAUUAUCUUAAAAAAGAAACUCCAAAUUUCAUUUAACUUCCAUUUCAACUAUAAUAAUUUCACACAAACGCAAAUUCUCCACAAAAAAUUGAAACAAAACCAACAACAAACAAAUUUCAAUCCCCAAUUCUCAUUCUUCUUAGAUCUGUUUCUCGAUUCGCAUUUUCGCUUCAAUCAAUUCUACGCGAUGUUUCGUUUCGAGCAGGAAAAGAUCCGCAAGCGAAUUUGAUUUUACUUUCGAUUUUGAUUUUUCGAUUGCGAAGCUGUUUCCAUGGCGGAAGCUCUCUCCGUUAUGCCAGCGGCCGUGCUACGUAACCUUGCUGAUAAGCUCUAUGAGAAACGGAAAAAUGCUGCUCUUGAGGUUGAGGGGAUUGUUAAGCAGCUUGCUUCUGCUGGGGAUCAUGAUAAGGUAAAUGCUGUGAUCGAUUUGUUGACUACGGAAUACACGAAUUCGCCGCAAGCAAAUCAUCGCAAGGGAGGGUUGAUAAGCUUAGCUGCUGCUACUGUUGGGCUGACUAAUGAAGCUGCUCAGCAUCUUGAUAGAAUUGUGCCUCCAGUGUUAAAUUCUUUCUCGGAUCAAGAUAGCAGAGUUCGUUAUUAUGCAUGUGAAGCACUAUAUAACAUUGCUAAGGUUGUGAGAGGAGAUUUUAUUGUAUACUUCAACUUGAUCUUUGAUGCCUUAUGCAAGCUUAGUGCAGAUUCAGAUGGCAAUGUACAAAGUGCUGCACAUCUCUUAGAUCGACUCGUGAAGGAUAUUGUGACCGAGAGCGAUCAGUUCAGGUGCACUCUCUUCUCACUAUUUAGCUAUAUGCUUCUUUGUAUGACUAUCUUGUGUUUCAAAGAGACUUGUACUCUUGUAGAUAUGUGGAUCUCUGUAUGUAACUUACACUGCUUCAUACCCCACCGCUUUCAUUUCUUGAUAUUCAGUAUUGAAGAAUUUAUACCAUUAUUGAGGGAGCGCAUGAAUGUACUGAAUCCAUAUGUCCGCCAGUUUUUGGUAGGAUGGAUUACUGUAUUGGACAGUGUCCCAGAUAUUGAUAUGCUGGGUUUUCUUCCUGAUUUUCUUGAUGGUUUGUUUAACAUGUUGAGCGAUUCAAGUCAUGAAAUACGUCAACAAGCUGAUUCAGCUCUUUCUGAGUUUCUUCACGAGAUAAAGAACUCCCCAUCUGUAGAUUAUGGUAAAAUGGCUGCAAUACUGGUACAGAGGGCUGGUUCUCCAGAUGAAUUUACUAGGUUAACAGCUAUCACAUGGAUAAAUGAGUUUGUCAAACUUGGUGGAGACCAGCUUGUUCGAUACUAUGCUGACAUUCUUGGAGCUAUUUUGCCUUGCAUAUCCGAUAAAGAAGACAAAAUUAGAGUGGUUGCUAGGGAAACCAAUGAAGAGCUACAAGCAAUCAAUGCUGAUCCAGCUGAAGCGUUUGAUGUAGGAGCAAUCCUCUCAAUUGCAAGGAGGCAACUAUCUAGUGAAUGGGAGGCUACUCGAAUCGAAGCUUUGCACUGGAUAUCAAUCCUUUUAAACAGACAUCGUGUUGAGGUUUUGACAUACCUUAAUGAUAUAUUUGACACCCUACUGAAAGCACUUUCAGAUCCAUCUGAUGAGGUUGUUCUUUUAGUUCUUGAUGUUCAUGCAUGCAUUGCAAGAGAUCCUCUGCACUUCCGUCAUCUUGUCGUUUUCCUUGUGCACAAUUUCAGGCUAAAUAAUUCUCUUUUGGAGAAGCGCGGUGCUUUGAUAAUUCGUCGUCUUUGUGUGCUUUUGAAUGCUGAGAGAGUCUACCGUGAACUUUCUACAAUAUUAGAAGGAGAAUCAGAUUUGGAUUUUGCAUCAAUUAUGGUUCAGGCUUUGAAUUUGAUCUUACUUACAUCAUCAGAAUUGUCUGAGAUUCGAGAUCUUUUGAAGCAGUCACUGGUAAAUCCUGCCGGGAAGGACUUGUAUGUUUCUUUGUAUGCGUCUUGGUGUCAUUCUCCAAUGGCAAUUAUAAGUCUCUGCUUUUUAGCUCAGACUUACCGACAUGCAAGUGCUGUUAUUCAAUCUCUGGUAGAGGAGGAUAUAAAUGUCAAGUUUUUGGUCCAAUUAGAUAAAUUGAUUCGCUUGCUGGAAACUCCAAUCUUUGCUUAUCUCAGAUUGCAGCUUCUCGAUCCUGGAAGAUAUUUAUGGCUAUUCAAAGCAUUGUAUGGUCUUUUGAUGUUGCUUCCUCAGCAAAGUGCAGCCUUUAAGAUACUAAAAACUCGUUUAAAAGCUGUGCCGUCAUAUUCUUUCAAUCGCGCGCAACUGAAUAGAAUGCCUUCUGGGGAUUACUACCAAUUUGUUCCUCAGAUGCCUGAUGACAAUCAUACAGAAGAGGAUGGUGGGAGCUCAUAUAAUGGAUUAAACUUUGCUACAAGGUUACAACAGUUUCAGCAAAUGCAGCAGCAACAUAGGGUACACACUAAAUCGCGAAGAGCAUCACGCAGUUUAUCCACUUCCUUACCAAAGGAGGCACAAAAAGAGGAAGAACCACAUAGACCUCAGUCUACUGAUCUUAAUGUUCCUCCUUCAAGACCAAGGAGAAAUUCAGGGCAACUACAACUAUAAUUCUAAUGUUUUUCUACCUAUGUCGAGUCUAAUCAGUGCAUGUGGACUUCGAAUGGGGUCGGGUAUGAUUUGUAAAAUUGUAAAUCAUAGUAGUUUGUUUUAUUCUAUUUGUUAGAAAGGUUGGGUUUUUGAAUCAAGAUGAAGCUUGGAGGGUUUUCUAGGCUAUAUUCUUUUGACCAUGUAGAACGUGAUGCUCACUGGUUCUGUUAUUUUUGUUGAAAAACCAUGUGAGCUAGAUGGGAUAUUUUAUCUAGUGAAGUUUCUUAUUGUAUAGGGUAAAUUAUACACCCUUAUGCCGUCUUCAUAUGAUAGAUAGAAAUAUUAUAUUUUCCUUUUCUCAUAUAUGGUAAAUUAUGCUUCAUUCCAUUUC